AUGACUCAAUUUUCUGUUUUUAAUUUUCUCGCGGGAUUUACGGCCAUACUCGCAGGCACUUUCCUUCAGCCCGUUAGAUAUCCUACGAGUGUCAUGCCUGAUGAUAUCAUCGUAGACUUCAUAGUCGUGGGCUCAGGCUCGGCGGGAAGUGUGGUGGCUGGUCGGCUGGCCGAGAUUUCGGAAUGGGAUGUGCUGGUUUUAGAAGCCGGAGGACAACCUCCAGCUUUUGCCAAAGUUCCAUUCCUCCACUUCGGCUCAGAGUUUCCCAACUCUUCAUACAUGAAUUAUUACAAGAAGCGUCCUCAGAAAUAUUCUGAGCAAUUCGCGAAAAAUAUAGGAGGCCUGUACCAGAGAGGAAAAAUGAUUGGCGGCUCAGGCACCAUCAACCAGAUGAUGUAUCAUCGCGGUAUUCCUCAGGAUUACGAAAACUGGGCAGCGCAAGGUAAUCCAGGCUGGGAUUAUAAAACUGUCCUGGAGUAUUUCAAGAAAACUGAAGACUACCAGGGGCCUCUCAAGCCUCGAGAUGCAGCUCCAUUCCGAGCUUCUGGAGGUCCUAUUGGCGUGGAGAAGGUUGCUUGGAAGCCUCCAGUUUGUCGGGUGGCCAUCAGAGCGGGCGAGGAGAUGGGGCUGGCUGAGGUGGACUACAACACAGACACAACUAUUGGGAGCGCUAUCUUCCAACUCACAACCAAAAACAGAGAACGGGUGACCACGGCAGACGCGUUCUUGUUGCCUGGCCUACGACGUCGGAACCUUAAACUGCAAAUCAAUUCCCAAGUAAUUAAGAUAAUCAUGGAUGCAGAAAAUCGGGCGAUUGGAGUGAAAUAUGUUCAUAAAAAUAAGGUGAAACGAGCGUUUGCCAAGCGAGAAGUUAUACUAUCAGCAGGCGCAGGUGAUUCUCCCAAGCUACUGAUGCUGUCGGGGAUUGGGCCUAAAAAACAACUAGAAAAGCUAGGGAUUGAAAGUCGAGUCGACCUGCCGGGAGUUGGACAAAAUUACCAAGAACACUUAAUUAUUCGCGGAAUAACUUGGACCAUUCAUCCCAACAUUUCGUCUUCCAUUUUCGAUCGGGUCGGGACGAGUGCCAUGCUGAACUAUUUUGAAAGGAGAUCAGGUCCGUUGACAAGUCCAGCGGGAAUUUGUGCUCUGUACCAAUUAAAUGUAGGCAGUCCUGAGGAACCCCAUAUUCCGGACAUUCUGAUAACCCAAGAAAAUGGACUGCUGGUUCAAGACUACGGUCUCUUCUCCCUUGCACCUAUGAAGAAAUCGAUACAAGAUUAUUAUCGACCGUUUCUAGGAAGAGAUGGUUUCUCUAUGACCCCGAUGCUAAUCAGACCCAAGAGCGUCGGGACGGUAACCCUCAUGUCGAAGAACCCUUUCGAUCCGCCCGUCCUGGACCACAAUUCACUCAGUCACCCCGACGACUUUGAGCUCAUGGUCAAAGCUGCCAAGGCUUCUCGAAGGCUAGGAAAUGCCAAGAUCUUCCGGCGGGCUCUAGGCGCUGAACCCAUUAACAAGCCGAUUCCUGACUGCGCGCAUUUCGCGUUCGAAUCUGACGACUACUGGCGCUGCUUCGUGCGUGGCUGGAGUGGCACUGGAGCGCACAUGUGCGGCACCUGCAAGAUGGCUCCAGACUCCGACCCCAUGGGGGUGGUGACGCCCAGACUGAAGGUUCGAGGUGUCAAGAAUUUACGAGUCAUAGACGCUUCCAUAAUGCCCUCCAUUACAUCAGGGCACAUAAACGCCGUCACAUUCAUGAUUGGGGAGAAGGGAGCUGAUCUCAUCAAAGAAGAUUACGGCAAAAUCUGAUCGCCAUUUAAGCUAUAAAGUUUGUUUAUCAUGAACUUUUUACACGAAUCAAAAUAAUCCAGUGUCUGCCUUCGGAUUUUAAUGAUUUCUAUGUUUGAAGGAAAAAGGGACUACAGAAUUGACCUGUGAAAUAAUUCAAGUUUAUCUCGCCGCUUUUGUUUUAACUAGUCGAUUUAGCUCGGUUCUAAGCUUGAGAGGAAUCUCUUUCAUCAAGUCAGACACGCAUAAAUCGUCCGUAUAUAGCAUUAGUAAAUCAUCACUGCUCAUGUUAGUUCACGUUUCAUGUAUCUAUGUACUUAUCAAGCUAAAAGUCUAUCGUAGAUGCUCGACCGACAGCAUUUGCGCGAGUCAAGACUUGUGUCUCAGAUCUUUCAAGGGUGAGAGCUCAACUACCGAGAAUCGUGUAGUUGAGAAAAUAGAAAUAACUCAAAUAAGUAAAGUGUAGCACUAAGUAGAGUGUGGAACAAGUAGAGUGGGAAAAAGUAGAGAGUAGGACCAAUAGUGUAUGGGAAUAAGUAGAGUGUGGGAAUAAGUAGAGUGCGGAAAAGGAAUGUAGGACUAAACACUAUACCAUUUUAAGCGUAUGUAUUAUUUGAGAUUGCGUGGCGUUAAUGACGCGUCACUGCCGGCCUAAAUUACGGGAAGGUAGCAGAAUGUAUAUGAUAUUUGGGCGUAAUUUCAUCAGGGAACACAAUGCCGACAGAACUAACAGCUAAUCUGUAAUGAAUUUGAUAUUGUGGGACAUUUCAGGUAUAAUUGAGAGCACUACAUAACAUUCUCUCUUAAUUCCCGUUUGUUAAGCAACGAAAAUGUACAAUGUUAUGUUAGUACAAUGUUAUUAAAAUUAUGAUUGAUCCUGAUGAUCAAUCAUUUAAGCAAUUAUUUAAAGGUCUUGAACUGAAUUUGGGUACUGCAAGUGAAAUUGAUGGGGGAAUUUCAAUUGCUGGUCAUAAACCGUAUCCAUGAGUUUUAAUGUACAAAUUUGUAUAUGCCGGUGAAAUAUUGAACAUAUAUGUUCGAGUAAACUUUUGUGAAUACUGAAUUGUAGAUGUAUUUUUUAACGUGCUUACAUCUGCAAUACUAGCGAAGUUGUCUUUGUUGAAGCAAAUGCGAAGGUUUUUUUAACGUACAGAAAAUGAAAGGCAACUUAGAAAUCAUUCUAUGAGCCCACAGUUAUUCAUUCAUCCACGCCAAUCUUUGCACAGGUUAUUUACCUGCGAAACUCGCCGUCUAAAUGAAUUGUGAAAAUUAAUUUUUUUACUUAUAUGUCGCCUGCAUCUCAAACCUUCAAUUUUCAAAUUGCAUGAACCGAAUGAGAGUAAGAAACAUUACCGUACAAAAUUACGUUAAAGUUUAUUAUCUCUAUAGGAAUUUUCUGUACGCAGCUAUGUUAUGCUCUUAACAGUUUUGAGUGAUUUUCGGAACUUAUUUGAGGACUUAUGUAGAUUAAUUUAGUCUCUAUUACAACAAACAUUUUAUCGUAAUGUACAUUAUCGUAAUGUAAAUCUAAGAUUAUUACUUUAAGAACCAACAUUUUUUUGUAUCAAAAGUCAACACAAGUAAAAUGUAUUUCCAUUUAUGUAUAUAAAUGGAAAUACAUUUUCAGGAGUUUCGAUGAAAGAGUCCACAAGUGGAGAGACGAAUACUCUGCAACAUUGGUGUUCAUGUCAGUAGAAAGUUAUAGCAUAUUUUUUAAAAUUCCAAGUAAUAUUCUUGUCUCAAACCCGACUUCUGGUGACUGAUGGUACAAAUAAUUUGUUAAGGCUAAAGGCAUUUCAUUGUGACUAACUCACGAUGUUAGGGAAUUGUAUAAAUUUAUUCAUUUCGUGGCAGCAGUUUUCCAUUUUCAUUCAGACUUUCAGUUCCGCAAUUUAGGUUAUGCAAACAUCCGGAAUUCACUCAUUCAUGUUUUAGAUUUUAGCUGGUAAGGACUACAAGGGCACAACGCGAGUGUACAGAUAUGUUUUAAUAAA